AUGACAAUAGAGAGGCUGGUGGAAACUAUCGUCCGAGAGGCCAGGUUUGAUCGAGAGGUUGAAUUUUACAUCAGCGACAUACUUGCCGAUGUGACUGCUAAGUAUCUGUCAUCACCACCGCCAACAUCGCCGCUGACUACACCACCAGUACCAUUACCAGCUCAACUACCGGAUCCACCACCACCUAAACUACCGUCGCUAGCACCAGAACAACUACUGGAUCCACCACCAGUAGCACUACUGGAACCACCACCACCAGAACCAGUAGUGGAUCCACCACCAGUAGCACUACUGGAACCACCACCACCAGAACAACUACUGGAUCCACCACCAGUAGCACUACUGGAACCACCACCACUAGAACCAGUAGUGGAUCCACCACCAGUAGCACUACUGGAACCACCACCACCAGAACAACUACUGGAUCCACCACCAGUAGCACUACUGGAACCACCACCACCAGAACAACUACUGGAUCCACCACCAGUAGCACUACCGGAACCACCACCUCCAGAACCAGUACUGGAUCCAUCACCAGCAGCACUACUGGAACCACCACCACCACCAGAACAACUACUGGCUCCACCACCAGUACCAUUACCAGCUCAACUACCGGAUCCACCACCACUUGAACUACCGUCGCCAGAACCAGAACCACUACUGGUUCCACCACCAGUAGCACUACUGGAACCACCACCACCAGAACCAGUAGUGGAUCCACCACCAGUAGCACUACUGGAACUACCACCACCAGAACAACUACUGGAUCCACCACCAGUAGCACUACUGGAACCACCACCACCACCAGAACAACUACUGGCUCCACCACCAGUAGCACUACCGGUGCCGCCUUUAGAACCAGCACUGGAUCCACCACCAGUAUCACCACCGAGGCCACCACCAGAUCCACUACCGGAUCCAAAACCAAAAGUCCUACCGGUGCCACAACCAAAACAACUACAGGCACCACAACUAGUAGUCCCACCAGCUUCAUCAUCGGAACCUCUUCUAGCGCAACAACAAUCAGUACUAUCAGCACCACUUGCUGCACCACCACCACAACCACCACAACCUCUGCCACCGUUACUGCUACCGAUGGUGGAUAUUCCAUGGGACGAUCGCAAUCCCUUGAAGAUCUGGAUAGAAAGAGCUCAAGAUCUCUUAGAUAGGUCAGAGCCCAUCCCAUUCCCUCCACCAAUCGCGUCCCCCCAGUCUUCAUAUUGA